AGGGAUACUUGGGCGAAGGUAUGUCGGUUACCAUUCCGUGAUGAAACCCUACCUCUCUCAAUCGCCUUCGAUUCACCAUGCUGUGACCCCUGAAACUAAAUAAUCCUAGGGCUUCUUCUUUCCUCCGCCGCUGAGGGAGUCUCGAGUCUCCUAUUAUAAUCUGUUCCCGUUCGCGAUGCUGGGACGGAAGCUGUACAAGACGAAGCUGUGCAUACUCUACCAGCGCGGCCGCUGCGCUCGCCAGAGCUGCAACUUCGCCCACGGCGACGCCGAGCUCCGCCGCUUCGCCGGUUCUUUCCCAGGUAGACGGGAAUAUAAAAAUGGAAACUUGAGAGGUAAUCUUGACAGAAGGCAUUCUCCUUAUCGGAGAUAUUCCCCUAUAAGAGAUGCAAGAGGUCAUCAUUCUUAUCAUAGUCAUAAAUCAAUUUCUCAUGAUAGGGGCUCUAGUCCUUCAAGGUCCCCAAUCAAAAGGAGUGAAAGAAGGUAUAGGAAGAAGCAGCGUGUGGAUGGAGAAAGUGAUGUUUCUGGAAGCUUUAAAAUUUCUGAUGGUUCUGAAGAUAUAAAAAAAGGAGACAAGGUUUCAUUUUACAAUGAGAAGAUUGAUCUGGAAGAGCAGCUAAAGCAAAUACAGUUGGAUAUUGAGAUGCUUGAUGAUCAUAAAUCUGAACUAGAGAUCUUUUUGGAGGAAAAGGUUGAUGAAGCACAAAAGCUUUCUAGUAGAAUAGAGGACCUUGAGUCAAAACUGAACAAAGAACAAGAAGACCGUAAAAGGAUUACUUUAAAAAUGAAAAAGUUUAUCAAAGCUCAUAGGCAUUAUAUGAAGGCACAGGAGGAGUUGAAAAGGUCACAAGCUCGUUUUCAAAAGUUGGGCGAUCAGCUUAGUUCGGAUAUGUUAAAGACCAGUGCCAAUGAAGAAGAGUCAAGUGUAAAUGUUGUAAGUGAUGCAGAGCCUGAUGAUGAUGGUGAUCAUCAGAUCAGCUCAAGGAACGAUUUGCUGCGGAAUGAUGUUUCUUCAGCCAAGAGGAGGUCGUUUGUUGAUCCAGCAACUAGUGAAGAAGCAAAAAUAGGGAAUUCACGAAAGAGAGGAAGAUAUUCAGAUAUAAUAACUAAAUCAGAGAAGCUUAUGAAGUCCGAAGGGCCCGCUCCUAAUUCAGAACAUAAUAGCAAAGGAACUGACACAACAAAAACAGUCCUCAUUAACAAUAAGUCUUUGACAGAUGACUACAAGCAUAAACAAGGAAAUUUUGAUUCUGCUAGCACUGCCCCUAUGGAUAAGGUGAAAGGUUCUGAAUCCAGACGCUCCUUGCCUUCAACCAGUAUGGCUGCUAAUGCAGUAGAUGAACUCAUUGAAGCCAUUGAAAUGGAGGAGAAAGCUGAAGCUAUUGAAAUUGCAAAAGAUUUUGAAGAUGGAGAUGUGUUAAAUAGAACCAAGUCAGCUUAUAUGCCACCCCCUCCUCCACCGGUCACUCAAAAUGCGUACAAGCAGGUUAGGAAGUACGAGGGUGAUGAUGAGGAUGUAGAUGUGGAAAAGGUGGAUGCUGAAAUGGUAGACAUAGAUAUCGAUAGUGAGGUGGAAAUUGAGCAGAUAUAGCUCAAGCAUCUUCUAGAUGUGUUAUGUUUAAAAGAAUUUUUUUCAAAUGUUAAUAUUUUUACCAAUUAGCUUGUCUUGGUAAAUUUUAAAGCUCUUUCUUACGCUGUUGAAAUUAUUGCUGGUAAUCCAAUUUACAGAUGCUUAAUUUUCUUAUUGUCAUA